GGUGCAGAUUUUUCUUUAUUUCCGCGCUCGUGCCACCCCGUUUGUCAUGCUGCCACGAGCCCGUGCCUACAACCGCGAGUGCCUGGACGCGUCCUCACGGAGCAGGAGACAAGAUGAAAUCGGGUCUGCCGCUAUUGAUCCUAUCUGUCUCAGCUGCUGUCUUGUCUGCAAAACCUGAACAAGUAACAAAGCGAGAUGGAGAAACUGUGACUUUGCACAUAAACAAAACAACAGAUCCUCUUAAGAAUUACCUUUGGAGCUACGGGCCUCAACAUCCUGUUCGGGUAAUUACCAUCGUCACCAAUGGGGAGGUCACUGCUGUCAAUGGAACCAGAUUUGGAAACAGGCUACACAUAGAUGUAGAAACAGGAUCAGUAACCAUCUCUAACCUCACCACCAAAGACACUGGGGUAUUUCUGGUUCAGAUCAUCACAGAAACAGGAAUCCUGACACAAAACUUUUACCUCACUGUCCAAGAUAACUAUGUUAUUACUCAUAACGUUUUGGAGGGGAACAAUGUGACACUGGACUCUGGAGUAAAACAGCUGCAGAAAGAACAUAACGUCUCUUGGACACUGGGAGAGAAUUUCAGUGGGAAGCUGAUAGCUUGGUGGAAAAACUUUGAGAUCUUUAUUGAGGAAAGUUUUAAGGAUGUUCUGCAGCUGAACCCACAGACUGGUGCUCUCUCCAUUAUUGGAGUGGCAAAGAACCACACUGGCUUUUACUGUGUCACAAUACUGCUGGGUGACUACCCCCACAUACUGAGACAACAUUCAGUCAGAGUCUUUGAACCUGUUUCUGAACCGCACGUCUCUCGAGAUACAACACGUUCGCUGAAUGAUGGCAGCUGCUCCAUCGUCUGUUCUGAGAAGAACGCACCUGAAGUUACCUUAGCCUGGUACAGUGGAGGGAGGGAGAUCAACCGGACCAGCAACAGUGACGUCUGCACCAACCUGACCCUUCCUCUGGAGAUCCAAAGUCAGCAUGAAGCAAACUACAGCUGUGAGGCAACCAACCCUGCCAGUAGGAAGACAGUUAGUGUGGACUCCACACAGCGGUGUCCACCUCACAGUGGAGGUCUCAUGAUGAUUGUUGCAGGCGUAGCUGCAGGUCUACUGGUGUUUGUACUGGUGGUUGUGGUGGUUGUGGUGUGUGUGCGCAAGCAAAAGAGCAGAAAUGAAGCUACUGAUUGUUUUUGUAUGAGAAAUAUGGCACAAGAGACGCCACCUCAGAACAACCAAGUUUCAGAGUCGGACUUUCCCUGCGGUCAAGUCAGUUGUUGCCAGUCUGUUGGUCAGACAUGCAGAGAAGCCUGGACGCGUCCUCACGGAGCAGGAGAAAAGAUGAAGUCGGACCUGCUGCUGUUGAUCUUAUCUGUCUCAGGUAUCUCAGUCUCAGCUGCUGUCUUGUCUGCAGAACCUGAACAAGUAACAAAGCGAGCUGGAGAAACUGUGACUUUGCACAUAAACAAAACAACAGAUCCUCUUAAGAAUUACCUGUGGACCUACGGGCCUCAACAUCCUGUUUGGGCAAUUACCAUCGUCACCAAUAGGGAGGUCACUGUUGUCAAUGGAACCAGAUUUGGAAACAGGCUACACAUAGAUGUAGAAACAGGAUCAAUAACCAUCUCUAACCUCACCACCAAAGACACUGGGGUAUUUCAGGUUCAGGUCUUCAUAGAAACUGGAAGCCUGACACAAAACUUUAACCUCAUUAUCCAAGAUGACAAUGUUAAUACUCAUAACGUUUUGGAGGGGAACAAUGUGACACUGGACCCUGGAGUAAAACAGCUGAAGAAAGAACAUCAAGUCUUUUGGACACUGGGAGAGAAUUUCAGUGGGAAGCUGAUAGCUUGGUGGAAAAACUUUGCGAUCUUUAUUGAGGAAAGUUUUAAGGAUGUUCUGCAGCUGAACCCACAGACUGGUGCUCUCUCCAUUAUUGGAGUGGCAAAGAACCAGACUGGCUUUUACUGUGUCACGAUACUGCUGGGUUAUGACCCCUACAUAAUGAUACCAUAUUCAGUCAAAGUCUUUGAACCUGUUUCUGAACCGCACGUCUCUCGAGAUACAACACGUUUACUGAAUGAUGGGAACUGCUCCAUCCUCUGUUCUGAGAAGAACGCACCUGAAGUUACCUUAGCCUGGUACACUGGAGGGAGGGAGAUCAACCGGACCAGCAACAGUGACGUCUGGACCAACCUGACCCUUCCUCUGGAGAUCCAAAGUCAGCAUGAAGCAAACUACAGCUGUGAGGCAACCAACCCUGCCAGUAGGAAGACAGUUAGUGUGGACUCCACACAGUGGUGUCCACCUCACAGUGCAGGUCUUAUGACGAUUGUUGCAGGCGUUGUUGCAGGUCUACUGGUGGUUGUGGUGGUUGUGGUGGUUGUGGUGUGUGUGCUCAAGCAAAAGAGCAGAAAAGAGGCUACUGAUUGUUUUUGUAUGAGAAAUAUGGCACAAGAGACGCCACCUCAGAACAACCAAGUUUCAGAGGGCAGUUCUGAGGCUACGGAAGAACAAGACCUGCCCUCAAACACAUGAGGAAGAUGUUUGACAAUAUCAGCAUUAAUGAAGUGACCGAUGUCUGCUUUACCAUGUCAGCCAGCACACCUCCAACCCUUCCUGUUCUCACUGAGAGUGUGUGUGUGUGUGUGGUACCUUUGCUUAUUGUAACGUGUCAUCAUUGUUCUUCAUGUAAACUGUUAUCCUAUGUGACACUGAUUAAUUCCCUGAAGAGCAAUAUUUUAAUUUCUUUCUAACUCUGGAAUGCUGUCUCUGUUAGAAAUAGAAACUGUAAAUGAUUAUUGGUGUAUUCAUGGUUGAAAUUAUUCCUGGUGUCUCUGAUCUGGCAUUUAUAUUGAUAUGUUGUCAUUCCUGCUUCACAGGAGAAUCUCCCGUCUUUGUUAAAAUGUUAUUCCAGACUGUUGGCAUUACUGAAUAUUCAGACCGCUGAAAUACAUUACAACUCAGUGAAGAA